AUGCACCUCAUGUCCCUGUUUGUUGUUGGCGCUCUCGGCGCGGGCAUGAGCAGUUUGAAAAAACAGAUCAUGGCCAUCCAGCCCGACUUGGUCGAACAUUACGCCUCCAUCGUUGAGCCUCUGGUUCCGCCAAGGUUCUGGGCCGCCCAAGUAGGCUUUUAUGAACCGCUCGUCGGUGUUGGCGCCAAACCCAUCUGCGGAUGCAAGGCCGAGGAGAUGUUCCAGCUGCACGAAGUCUUCUUUUCAAACAUAACCGACCGCGUCCGCGUCGACUUCCAUCCUUAUGCGGACUCUCAGCCAUUCAGCGGCGACAUCUGGUACGAGUCAUCCACGACGACGACCACCAGCAGGAACUUCAAAUGGGAGAACAGCGGCGAAGUCUCGGUCGAGUGGUCUCUGCAAUUCAGCGGCUCGGGCUCCAAGCUCGGAGCCAAGUUUGGCUACAAGGUGGGCGAGGACAAUGUCAGGACCAAGACGAGGUCGUUUGCCGAGAAGAAAAGACUCACAUGCCCCCGGGGCCACCUGUGUCAAGCCCAGACCUGGAGCUUCUCGGCAUCCAUCCCCGGCAACUUCUUCAAGGUGCCCGUCGUCGACUUCAGGUGCUCCCGCGCGUGCUUGCGGUGGAAGCACGAGGGCACAGACCUAUACCACGAGCUGAACCAGACGUCCAAGGUGGCCCUCGCGAGCCUUGCCGGCCUGACGCCGACCUGGGACCGCCUGGGACGCGAGUACUUUGAGCUGCGCGACGAUCGGGGCGACGCCGUCGUUUCUUGCCCGCCCGGGGGCGACAAGAUUGUCGGCAUUCAGUUUCCCCCAGACUCCAUCGAGACCGUUUACAGGCACGGCAGGCCUCACCAGCCUUCGAUCCCGGUAAUGGACAACGACAACAAUCUCUACCAGAUCCAGAUAAUGAUGGACUUUUCGAGGAAGCACUUCCCCGGCCAGAAUAGGCGGGAUUUCGUGGAGGCUCAUCUCACGCAGGAGGACCUGGCUAGCAUGGAUGCUCGGGAUGCAGAGGUCAAGGUGUACGUCUUGGACACAAACGUCCCUGGGCUCCGUGACGACGAGAGAAUCGGGAACUAG